UCGGGGGCGCUUACCGGCGGCGUGGGCAGGCAGGCCCGCCGGAUGGCCUCGGAGCUGGAGUGCAGCGACGGGUACUUGUGCUCAGGGAGGGUGGGAUGCAUGGCAAAGUGAGGCUGCUUGCUGUUCAUGGACAUCAUCUUGACGGCUUGGCAUGGAAAUAUCCACAAACACUCGCAAAGUCCGCCGCAAAGUGCGCACGCCGGCUCGCCCGGCCUCCCUGCCGAGGCUGCGGCCGCAGCGGCCCGGGGCGGCUCGCACUGGCCUCGCCGCGGGGCUGCCGCCGCCGCCGCCGCCGCCGCUCCUGCUCGGGCUCCCGCUGCCGCCGGCCGCUGCCUCGGACCGCACCGCGCAGAGCGCCCGCGCGCCGGUCUCGCGAGCCCGCUUCUCCAAGAGCUCUAGCCCAGCGCGCCGACGGGAUGCACUCCUCUUACACCUGAGCCCCACUUCUCGCGGCCGGCCCGGGGAGCUCUCGCGAGAGCUCGCGGCCCCGCCGCGCUGACAGGCAUCAGCUGUCUCCCGUCCGUCUGGCGCGCGUCCUCCGCUGGCCGCGGCGCCGUGCUCGGGCGGGCGAGCGAGUGAGCGAGCGCGCGCGCGCUCGUCGAGCAGCCGCCGGCAGCGCGUGGGAGCCGCUCUUAUAGUGACCACCAGCAAGGACAAGGCAGGUGAUGCACCUGUAGCUGGCCGGGCAUGCGCACUGCACGCCUCACCUCUCCACCGCGGGUCUGCAAAGAUCAGAGAGGCCAGCUAUUGUCUCAGGCCUGAGAGGGAAGUGAGAAGGAUGUUCAUUUGCUGGUGCAAGAAGGAGCCACUUCUUCAUCCAUUAUGUGAUUCCCCAGGGAGCGCUAAAUGCAACUUUAUCUCAGCAGGAAUGGACCAUGAGCAGGACGUCGCUAGAGGGAAAGAGUACGCUGGCCCCUGACCCCACGCGACACCAUGCAAGUUCUAUGGCCUUCCCGCGUCAGACACCCGCUGAGCGGCCGCUGGGUCCCGGACCCACACUCCCGCUGCCACCGCCGAGGACCAGCAGUUCCGCCCAAGGGACCCGAGGACGGAGAAGGGCGCGCUCGCCGACCUCGCCGGCUCCCCUCGGCCCCCAGAAACUGGAUCCCUCGAGGGUCUGGAGGCCGCGGAGGAAACCGCGAGGCAGCCAGUCCAAGGCCGCCAGUGCAGAGCCGGGUCCUGCCGCCGCCCGGCGCUCCUGCUCGCUGCGCUGCCGCCAGCCGCCCCUCCUUCCCGCCGCCCGCACAAAUCAAAGCCCCUUGCGAGGGACUGGGAAAUAGUUGCCUUGUCAUGUAACACAUUGCCCUGAUUUAUUAUAAAAUUUUAACGAAAUCAUGCAUAUUUUAACAGCCUUUAAUCACUGCAUGAAAAUUUAAUUCAUGGACUGUAGCGCGUUUAAAUAAAUGAAGUGUUAAUUCAUUAGGAUUAA